CAAACCCCGAACCCACUCCUUGUUCCCACAUCCUCAUACAGUAAAUCAGCGUCAUUUUCGGUCUUCUAUGAAGGCUUUCCGACUGAGUUCACGCCUAGACAGGACAUGAGAUGCUGCGUCUAGCGUGGCGCGGCGCAACAGGGGAUGCAGCAGGUUCCGGCAAGCUCGCAGCAGCAGCAGCAGGAGUCGCGCGUCGAUCGCAAUUUCGGCCCUUUACAUCCACCGUUCCGCCUCGCACCGUGAUACCUUCCGCGUCGCGCGCCGUGUUGCCUUCCGCAUCUCUCGCCGUAAUAUCUGGACGCGUUGGUACGCGUCGACCUUGCUUCAGAGAGUUGCCAAGCCUAGGAAACGCCACCGGCCCCAGUGUGUUCGCGGCGCGCUUCGUUGAAUCCCAGAGCCUUCGCUUUCUUCCCGCCACUAUGAACUCGUCUCGAGCUCCGUUGUGUGCUAAUUACCCUCUGAUUAAUUACCCUUGGGUUAAUUUCCCUCGGGUUAAUUACCCUCGGGCGUAUCUUCUGCCUCCGCUCCACACUCAACCCUCGCUACUGUCACCCUCUCUUGACACCUCUCUUCGUGGCGUCGGCAGCUAUCCUCCUCUUGUGUCACCUCUGCUGUCGCGGAUGCACACGGGAGGGGCCCGGGCGGAGCGCGGGGGGGAAUCGCGGGGAUGGGGGGAAGAUCGGCGGAGAGGUCGGGGGGAAGACAGGCGCGGAUGGCGGGAGGGUCGAAACUCCCCGCGACAGGGGGAACGCGCGUGGGGUGACGAUCCGCGGAGGGAGCAGCCUAGGCGCGGAAGGGCCGAGGGCGUCAGACGAGCACCUCCGCCCUAUAGCGAGGAACCGAAGCGGCCUGUAUCGGAGAUGGAUCUUGACGAGCGCGGCGGCGCGCGCGGCAGCCACUCGUUCUUCGCCACGUGUGCGCCGGGGCUGGAGGAGGUGGUGGCGGAGGAGCUCCAGUCGCGGCUGAUCGGCGCGUGGGACGUGGUGCCAGGAAAAGCGGGCGUGGCGUUCCAAGGGUCGACGGAAACGGCGUACAGGGCGAAUCUCUGGCUGCGCUGCGCCGUGCGCGUGCUGCACCAGGUGGCGGCGUGCGAUUUGCCGGCUCGCUACGGCCGCGCGGACGGGGACGCGCUCUACCGCUUCGUGCGCGGGGCUGCUGAUUGGCCGAGCCUCAUUGCAGGCCCAGGGGAGAGGGGGGACUCCUGGGGAGGGGGGAGGAGAGGGGGGGGGGGACAGGAGGGGGGAACAUCCCGUGGCGCAAGCCGGUGACGUUUUCAGUGCAGAGCCGCGUGUGGGACUGCCCUGACAUCCGCACGUCUCAGCUCGCCUCCACGCGCGCCAAGGACGCCAUCUGCGACGCCAUGAGGGACGCUUAUAACGGGUACAAGCCCCCAGACCCGAAAAACUGGUCUGUGGGAGGCGGAGGAGGGGGAGGGGGGGCCAUGGGGGAAUGGGAAGGGAGGAGCGCCGGGCGCAUGGGCAGAACUAGUGCAGAAUCAGGCAAAUAUGGCGAGUCGGGGGAGUCGAGGGAGUCUCGAGAGUCUCGAGAAUCCCUAGCAGAGCUUCCGUUGUUCCUGUCCUUGUACCGAGACAGGGCAGUCUUAUUCCGGGACAUGAGUGGGCGCAGUCUGCACAAGAGGGGGUACCGGGACGCGAUGCACAAGGCGAGCUUGAAUGAGGGCGUGGCGGCUGGCAUGCUCAUGCUCGCCGGAUGGCAGCAGGUGGCGUGGAUCGGCGAGGGCGAAGGGGCGAGGGGGGACGGGAGGAGGGGUGGGGAGGAGGAGGGAGAGGAGAGGGGAGAGGGGAGGCGAGAAGGGAACGGGCUAAGGAAAGGGGAGGGGGAACGUGGGAGAAAGAGAGGGGAGCGGGAGGGUGUGGAGAUGGAGGAAGAUACACACACUGCUAUAGCACAGGGGUCAUCAGCGGCAGCAGCAGCAGCAGCAGCAGCAUCAGCAUCAGCAGCAGCACCACCACCACCACCCCUGUCCAUCUCCCUGGUCGACCCCAUGUGUGGCAGUGGCACUCUCCUCAUAGAGGCUGCCCUCAUGGCCUGCCGCAUCGCCCCCGGUUCUUUCCGCUCCUCCCCUUACCCCUCCCCCUCCCUCUCCUCCUCCUCCUCUUCCUCUUCCUUCGCCUGGCCCUUCCACACCUGGCACGACUUCGACCCCGCCACGUGGCGCGCCGUGAUUCGCGAGGCCGAUUCCCUGCGCCGCACGCCCCCCUCGGGAGUGUCGUUCCACGGCAACGACAUUCACGAGGGCGCCCUGGCGCUCUGCCGCAAGGACGCCCAGAGGGCGGGCGUGGCCCGGUGGAUCAGCCUGAGCCAGGGGGACUGCGAGGAGUACGUGCCAGCUGUCGCGCCAUCGUUGGUCGUGGUAAACCCGCCGUGGGGCACGCGACUGGGGGAGACCAGCGGCGAGGAGGGCCAAUGGCUGGCUGACAUGUGGCACCGCCUGGGCCUGUUCCUGCGGCGGCAGUGCAGGGGCGCGGAGGCCUUUGUGCUGAGCGGCAACGCUGCCGUAACGCAGAAGCUGUUCCUCAAGAUGUCCCAGAGAUGGCCCAUCACGGUCGGGGGGAUCGAGUGCCGCGUUCUGCGGUAUGUCAUGCUGCCUGCAGCACCAGCAGCAGCCGCAGCAGCAGCAGCAACAACACAAGAGACAGCAGCGCAGCUAGAGCGAGGAGAGGCAGUGGAGGUUGAGAGAUGAGGAGGUGGAGUGGAGCGGGAACAGGGAUUUUGAACUUGCACACAAGACCGGGGAGGGACCCCAGAGGAAGGUGGACGGAGCGGCAGGUGAUGCUGUGUGGUGUGGGGUGGAGUGGAGCAAGUUACGUAUUACCAGGAACUUGAGAGAGCAAUGUAGUGUGGAACUGGUAAUGAGGAGCAUGGAAUAUAGCAUACGGUAUAAGGUCUAUUUUCUGAUUGUGUACGAGGCUCCGAUAAAUAAGAGAAAUUCCGUUAAAUG